UGUUAUUCGUAGGUGAUACUCGUGCAGGGCAGGGGCGCUUUGUUCCAGGGUCAUCGGCUCGUUGGGAGAUCGGUUAAAGACACCCUAGAGGGGUAUAGGACUGCCAACAAUCCACUAGCGUCGGGGCCCAGCGCAGUCCAAUUGUUGCAGAGGUUCAGGUUGCUGACAGUGGAAAGCUCGCAUUAACUCAACCACCUACUCGAAUAUCAAGGCCCGCAUUAAGCCAGAGCACAUGCUGCAAUUCCCAUCCAUAGCCGUGCCACGACAAUCAAAGACGGCACCAAUUCCGAGGCGCACGGACGACGUCCCGUCGAGAAGGCGAAUGCAAAUCGUGAAACCGAGACCUCCACCGAUUGCGAAGCUUGCGAUUCCGCCUUCUCCGACUGCGGCUGCCGGACCCGGAUUCAGGCCCGGCCGCUUUCUUCAUCUUCAUGCAGCCAUUUGCAGAUGCCCCCCUUACGGAGCCCGUCCAGCCGCUGCCCAUGGCCGCCUCCGCCGUGAGGCUCCCCAAGCAGCGCCCCUCCCCGCUCGCCGGCGUCGGUAGCGACACCCACUCCCUCACACAGUCCGACGUCUCGCUGCCCUUCCGCGACCGCCGGUCCAACCCCUCGACUGCGUCGCUGUUCCGAUCGACUCUCACCCCGCCUGGGUCGCGGUCUGCCUCCCCCGCGCCGUCCGCCGGCACGCGCUCGCCCUCGCGCACCCUCUCGGGGUCUAUCUUUGGGGGUGCUGGGUUCAAGCAGUCGCUACUCGACACGGACGCAGCAGACAAUCCCGCGGACCCCCUGAAUCUGAUUCUCAAGAGCUUUGUCCCCCACAUAGCCAUACACGGGUCCGAGGAUGUGGACCAGCUGGUCGGCGAUAAAGGUUUCACCAAGGGGCUGUGGGAGCUUCUCCGCCCCUUUGGAGAGCGCAUCCAGGGCAAGGUCACUAUUAGGGAUAGCAACGGGGGCGCCCGCUCCUGGGAAGACUUUGCCGUGCGCUUCACCCGCUUUGGCGAUGAGGUGGAAGACCCUGGCCCGGCUGCGGGGGCGAUGAAGAGCCCUCCUCCGACGAGGCCAACGACAGCAAACGGCCCGGGGCCGGGCGGCAGCCAAAAACCACAGCCAGCCCUACCAACCGGCGGGCUGCGGGCGGCGAGCUUGAUCGCACGGGUCGAGACGGUGGUUGACCGCCACUUGACCUACGCAGAAGACGCAUGCAUGGGUAUCACAACGCCGACCACGCCGACAAGGCAGGAGCUAGAUGUCGAUGCUACAUCGCCGUAUCAUGCGCUGUACCUGCGGCGCCUGCUCUCUGGGAUCCCGCUGGCUUGCCACGAGUCGUUUGCGCACCCCGUUGCCUGCGUCAUGGCUAUCAGCUCGCGGAAUCCCUCGCCUAUCGAGGCCUUGCGGAAGCUUUACACGGAAACAAGCCAGGGCGACCGGAGGCUGCCCGUCUGGGUGGACAGCGCCUACCUGCGUUACUACGUCUUGGUGCAUGACGAGGAGCAAAGCGACAUUUCCAAAUCGAUGGCUCUGUUUAACCAGAUGAAACAACAUUUUGGUUUACAUUGCCACCUGCUAAGGAUCCGCAGUUCACAGAGCGCAGAAACUGACGACGACAGCAUACCGCUCCCGCGCAGCGACUGGAUGACAGCCGCUGAAGAGCUCUCUGACAUUGAGCGCAGCGAUGACCAAGAGGACUUUGAAGACCCGACGCGUCACAUAUUCGAGUCGGAUGCCACAGCAAUACGCACAUUCGUACGGGAAAUGGUCACGCAGUCAGUGGUGCCAAACAUGGAACGCAACAUCUCGGUGUGGAACGACCAGGUGGCGUCGCGCCGGCGCGGCAUCAGCGGGAGAUUCAUGAGCCUGUCAAAGCGGUUUGCGUUUGGCAGCUCGAACCGGAGUUCCUCGGGUGCUGGGGCCGGCUCGGGCUCGUCCAAUAACAACUACGACGCGCUGGGCUUCUACAGACCCGAGGCCCCCGAGGCCGUCAUGCGUAGGCUCGCCGACUUUGCCUUCAUGCUGCGUGACUGGAAGCUGGCCAUGUCGACGUACGAUCUUUUGCGCACCGACUUUCAAAAUGACAAGGCCUGGAAGUACCAUGCCGCGGCCAACGAGAUGGCCGCACUGGCGCUCCUAAUCAUGCCGCAGAACAUGUCGUCCAAGACACGAAUCGAAACGAUCAACCAGAUGUUGGAGCAGGCCUUUUACUCGUAUCACACACGCUGCAACUCGCUGUAUGGGGCAGUGCGGUGUAUCUUGUUGGCGUUGGAGCUGUUGCGGCUGAGGGGUGGCUCGGGCACUGACGAGGCGGUUAGGUGGGGCAUUCGACUGUUAGAAUCACGUCUGAUGGGCCCCGUCGGUGAUGCGUUGCUCAAAGAGCGCCUGGCGAUAUGCUACGCCUCUAAGCAGGGCGCGGGCUCUCAGGCGUGGGGCAGCCGGCGGCGCAAAUCGGCGCUCUGGAGCGUCAUGGGUGCCGAGGCCUGGAUCGAGCAGUCCAAGUUCAUCCAGGCACAACGCUGCCUUAACGAGGCGCGCAAGAUGUAUUCGCUGCUCCCCAGCGAGUGCGGCGUCCAGAACUUCGCCGCUGCGAGCGAUUUCCUUGCGCACCUGCACGAGAAGCUUAAGGAGGGACUGAGAAUUGACAUAACCAGGGCCCAUGGCGGUGAUGGCACGGGCGAUAGGCAGCGGGCAAGGGAGCCGGAUUUACUCAUGGACGAAGAGAGCGAGACGCUUGACAACAGGAGGUCGAGGCGGACUAGCGUUGUCAAUAUGAGCGGUGGCGGUGGCAGCGGCGGCGGCGGUGGUGGCAAUGGCACCGCGGCGCUGGAGACGGCACCGUUAACUCCUCUGGUGCCCGCGCGCUUACCGUCUGUGGAUGAUGAAAGGGGUGACGCCUUUUCGUCCAAAGACGGAUUCGCCUGAACAUUACCCAACACCCGACAUGCAGGCACGAGUACAGCGUACGGGGGAACAUAUACUGAGUUGCGCAAUCUGCACCCAUAUGCACUCGUCGAGGCAGCCGCCUGCAUUAGCGUCUGACUUGUACUUUACUUGGGUGGCCUCCGUUCCAUGGCCGCCGAAUUUUAUUUGCACAGCGUGGUCAUCAAGGGGACACGGUACUACUAAGAUUCGAUAUGACGAUUUAAUGACAUGAUGCUGGUGCCUUGGGGUGUUUUGGAGAUUAGAAUAAUCAACCCUUUUACUUCUCUCUUGGACAAGUAUGGAA